GAUCUACUUGCUCUGGGAUGUUUAGUCCUACUCUUUGGUUGUGCAGGCAAGUUGUUCGGUAGAAUGCCCAAGGGAGGUGCCAUGUCUCCGUAACUUGUAAUACACAAUUUCCACCUAACUCAGCUGGCAUUUCUUAGCAGCUUCUUAUAUAAUUUGUUCGGAUAGACAUGCUGCUUGCAGAACUAGAGUUUGCAUAGUUGAAGUGGAUGGGUUCCAUGGAAGGGCUUUCUCGUACGGUAAUCCGCUUCAUGCUCCUUUUCUGCAUAGUCUGCAAAUGUCUGGCAUCAGAUUUGGAGGCAACCCAGAAGGCAACCCUCAAGAUCGAUGCCUCGCCAAAGCUUGCUCGAAAGAUCCCUGAUACACUACUUGGAGUAUUUUUUGAGGAGAUGGGCCGUGGAGGUGCUGGUGGACUAUGGGCUGAACUUGUUAGUAACAGAGGUUUCGAAGCAGGAGGCACCAAUACUCCAUCAAACAUUGACCCAUGGCUCAUUAUUGGAGAUGAAUCUUCCAUUUUUGUGGAGACUGAUCGUACAUCAUGUUUCAGUCAAAACAUUGUUGCUUUAAGGAUGGAGGUCCUCUGCAAUGACUGUCCAGCUGGUGGUGUUGGCAUUUACAACCCAGGUUUCUGGGGCAUGAACGUAGAAGAUGGAAAGACAUACAAUCUAGUUAUGUACGUGAAGUCGGCUGAAACCGUACCCUUGACAGUUUCACUAACGAGCUCUGAUGGGUUGCAAAAUCUGGCUUCAGUUCCGAUAAUGGUUGCCGGCAAAUCGAAAUGGAUAAAGGUAGAGGAGAAGUUCGUUGCUAAAGGAACCGAUAGAACCUCAAGGCUUCAAAUAACAUCUAAGAAGAAAGGAGUUGUGUGGUUUGACCAAGUAUCACUCAUGCCUGCAGACACAUACAAGGGGCAUGGUUUCCGCGACGAACUUGUAUCCAUGCUUUUGGAUUUAAAACCACGAUUCUUAAGAUUUCCUGGAGGUUGCUAUGUGCAAGGAAGCUGGCUAAGAAACGCAUUCAGGUGGAGAGAGUCUAUUGGUCCUUGGGAAGAGAGGCCCGGACACUUCGGAGAUUGUUGGAAUUACUGGACUGAUGAUGGCCUUGGAUAUUUUGAAUUUCUCCAGCUUUCUGAGGACCUGGGUGCUGCCCCAAUCUGGGUAUUCAACAGCGGAUUGAGCUACAAUGAUGAAGUUGAUACAGCUGCUAUUGCCCCUUUUGUAAAGGAUGUAUUGGACAGCCUAGAAUUUGCAAGGGGGAGUGCAAAUUCAUCAUGGGGCUCUCUUAGAGCUGCAAUGGGACACCCUGAACCGUUCCCAGUCAAGUAUGCUGCAAUUGGAAAUGAAGACUGUGGGAAAAAGUUUUACAAUGGUAAUUACCUCAAGUUUUACAAUGCUAUAAGAGAGGCAUAUCCAGACAUUCAACUGAUUUCAAACUGUGAUGGCUCAUCUGGACCACUUGAUCAUCCGGCUGAUUUAUACGAUUUCCAUGUCUAUGCUGAUGCAAAGACUCUGUUUUCCAUGAAGAACACAUUUGACAAGACAUCGCGUACUGGACCCAAGGCUUUUGUUAGCGAGUAUGCAGUUUGGAAAACUGAUGCAGGUAGAGGAACUCUUCUUGCUUCACUGGCAGAAGCUGCUUUCCUCACUGGGCUGGAGAAGAAUAGUGAUGUUGUUGAGAUGGCUUGCCAUGCUCCACUAUUCGUAAAUGACGAUAUUGAGAAAAAGUGGAACCCAGACGUUAUUGUCUUCAAUACCUGGCAACAUUAUGGGACCCCUAGUUACUGGAUGCAGGUGCUUUUCCGUGAUUCUAGCGGUGCUAUUGUUCAUCCAACAACGAUCAGUUCCAGCAGGUCUGGUAAUAGUUCUCUAGCAGCAUCUGCAAUUACAUGGCAGGAUUCGGACAAUAGCUCAUUCUUAAGAGUAAAGAUUGUAAACUUUGAAUCUGUUGCUGUUCAAGUCACAAUCUGCACGACUGGACUUCAGGCUAGCAUUGACGUGCUGCGAUCGACCGCCACUGUUCUCACAUCUAGCAAUGUGAUGGAUGAAAAUUCUUUCAGUAACCCAAACAAGGUCUCGCCGGUCAAGAGCCAGCUUUUUGAAGCAGGAGCACAUAUGCAAGUCACACUGGCUCCUCACUCAUUCACAUCCUUUGAUCUUGCGCUGGCGCCGUCCAAACUUGUCACGUUGGCAGGGAGAGUCAACAAAUACUUGAUGUCUGAACUGUGGGAUACCCAAGUGUGAGUAAUUAAGGACUUGCCAGUACGGUUUAAAGCAAUGUGUAAUGUAACACCGAGGAGAAAUUAAAUAAAAAUAUCACUGGAAUUUAUAUUUUUUA